GAGCGGUGCUAUGCGGUGGGCUCUGGGUUUGAGCAUAUGAGGAAGAUGAUGAACGAGUGGGACGGAGGACAGCUCAUCAGUUGGCGGUGGGGGUCAUUGAUAGGAGUUCUCCGCCCGUUGAUCCGCCGGGAGCAAGCGUUGCGCUCUGCCUGGAGUCUGGAGAGAUUUGGGGAUCCAACAGUUGGUGCCGCAGCCGACAAGGCAAUUUGCAGCCGCAUUUUUUGGGUUUAUGCAAAAUUUCUGGUCAUCCUUUCGGGUGCCCUCGAGCUAAAGUCGCAGUGGUGCGAGGGUUGCUUGUGCCAUGACGAUGCCGAUCUUAGUGGGUCGUACUGGACACGCCGGCGACGUCUGGCCGGCCGGCUGAUGGCCGCGACCAGCGAGGUGUUCAGCUUUGGCAAGGGCGUGCUGCCCAACUGCCCCUUUCGCGGUCGUCGAGCGGCAGAGUUUGCGCAGGGCGAGUUCCUCAGAUUUGCGGAGCUCAUGAUUGACAUCUCGAGGGAGAAGCUGCAGACGAUCCUCACGGGCGAGCUCACGGACGACGAGCGCACGACGCUAGUUGGCGAUUGGCAGAGCGCGACGGACGUCAUCUUGACAGAGCUCAACCUCAAAACGUCCUUCUGGAUGUGCCUUCCCUGGAGAUUGGCAGGGCUUGGUUGCCGUGACCUGGAAGCUGCUCGCCGUUGUGGCUGCGAAUGCAUCAAGCUUUGGAAGGAAUCUCCGGGCCAGGGCGCAUCAUCAUCGGCGCUGGGCAGACAUCACCUCAUGACUCGACGGUUUCUGGAUCCA